UAAUUUGUUCUUCCGUUCAGGGGAGUAAAAUCCGGGUGAAAAUGAAACACUGACCCCUCACACUAUAACGGCCAUUCUCAUGUCACGCCUUCUUUCUCUCGUCUCAGAGCUCCUGUCUAAAUGCAUCGUCGCUUUGUCGGAACAAUUUUUUGUUUUCUUUGUUGAGAUUGAUUCUCUGUUAUCUAUCGUCGUCCUCUCCAGUUUCAAAUUCACUCACCUGCUGCAACAACAGAGACUGUAACUUAAUGUCGUUUUCAGAUUCCGAGUCUUCUUCUCAUGGAGGAGGCGCAGAUCACAAAUUCUUUCGUCAAGUUAGCCGUGAUCGGUUAUUAUGUGAAAUGCUCGGAUCAACGAAGUGUGGAGAAUCAAAAGCUUGGAAGAUACUCAUCAUGGAUAAAGUUACAGUGAAAGUUAUGUCUCACUCAUGCAAAAUGUCAGAUAUCACUGACCAGGGAAUUUCGUUGGUGGAAGACCUCUUCAGGAGAAGAGAACCAAUGCCUUCCAUGGAUGCUGUAUAUUUUAUCCAGCCAUCAAAAGAAAAUAUUGUCAUGUUCUUAUCUGACAUGUCCGGAAGGGAGCCUUUGUACAGAAAAGCAUUUGUAUUUUUCAGUUCACCUAUCCCAAAAGAAUUGUUGAAUCACAUCAAGAGUGACACAAGUGUAGUACCACGCAUAGGGGCAUUGAGAGAGAUGAAUAUGGAGUAUUUUCCUAUUGAUAACCAGGCAUUUAUAACUGACCAUGAACGGGCCUUGGAUGAACUGGUCGGCAACAACGUUGAGAAUUCUCGGAAAUUUGAUGCUUGUUUGAACACAAUGGCAACUCGAAUUGCUACUGUUUUUGCUUCACUGAAGGAGCUGCCCUUUGUAAGAUAUCGCGCUGCCAAGGAUCUUGAUGGCUCUGCUUCAUCAUUUCGUGAAUCAAUUCCUUCGAGACUUGCAACUGCUGUUUGGAACUGUAUCUUGAACUACAAAUCUAUACCCAAUUUUCCCCAAACUGAAACUUGCGAGUUGCUUAUCUUGGAUAGAUCAAUUGAUCAGAUUGCUCCUGUGAUCCAUGAAUGGACCUAUGACGCUAUGUGCCAUGAUUUACUGGACAUGGAUGGAAACAAAUACGUGCUUGAGGUUCCCAGCAAAACAGGAGGUGAACCUGACAAAAAAGAAAUCCUUCUAGAAGAUCAUGAUCCAGUCUGGCUUGAGCUUCGCCAUGCGCAUAUAGCAGAUGCUAGUGAGAGAUUGCAUGACAAGAUGACCAAUUUUGUAUCAAAGAAUAAAGCUGCUCAGAUACGACAGAGCUCAAGAGAUGGUGGUGAAUUGUCUACACGGGAUCUGCAGAAGAUUGUUCAAGCUUUACCACAGUACGGUGAACAAGUUGAGAAGCUCUCUAUCCAUAUAGAGAUUGCUGGAAAGAUUAACAGACUUAUCAGAGAAAUGGGUCUUCGAGAACUAGGGCAACUAGAACAGGAUCUUGUUUUUGGAGAUGCAGGAGCCAAGGAUGUUAUAAACUUUCUAAGGACAAAGCAGGAUGCAACUCCAGAAAAUAAAUUGCGGUUGUUGAUGAUUUAUGCAUCUGAUCCUGAGAAGUUUGAAGGAUCAGUGCGGAGAACUGCAGCUCUGCUGCUACUCCAGAAAAGAAAAAGCUCUGCUCAUUCAAUGAGAUCAAGACGAACGGCAACCUGGGCACCUCAUCAUUCUGAUGAUGGAUACUCAAGUGAUUCAGUCUUGAAGAGUGCAUCUAAUGAUUUCAAGAAAAUGGGGCAGCGUAUAUUUGUAUUUAUAAUUGGUGGUGCAACUCGGUCUGAGCUUCGAGUUUGUCACAAGCUCACAACUAAAUUAAGGAGGGAAGUAGUCUUGGGUUCUUCUAGUUUUGACGAUCCUCCACAGUAUAUUACGAAACUGAAGAGGCUCUCUGAAAAUGAAGUGCCAAUUGAUGGCCUGAGAAUCUACUAGUUUAGAUUUUACGGAUGUACAUGCGUUUAUGCAACCCCAGCAGAAUCGCGGACGAGUUUUUCUGCACGUAGCAGUGGCUUGAGGGUAAAGAUAGUCGGAGAUAGGCUGAUUGUUUAGCAAUCACCAGCACAAUUGCUUAGCUUCAACAUGGAGUUUUUGUGUUCACAUUGUAUAGAAAUCAAUAUAUGUAUCAAUACAGGGUAAUUGUUUCCCAUAUUGUUUUGGUGGGUGAUUAGAUUGUUGUCCCAGGGGAAAUAAAUAAAUUCAUUAUUUAUCACAUGAAAUAUGGGGGAUGCCUUCAGAUUUUUUCUCUGGAGUUCACAUGUCCCUUCUCUUAUAGACUUUGUACCUGUUGGAAAUAUAAGAAUCAGUACUGUCUUCUUCUUU